AUGGAUCCCUGUGGUACUCCGGCCGUGAUAGAAGUGCUGUGGAAGUACAGGGUGGUCAACACAACAGCUCAGGAUGUCAUUAGUAGCGAGUUUGCUCCGGGAGUUCUGAGGAAAACCGAUGAAAACGACAUUCUAUACCCUAAUCCUGCUACCUGUGGAAAUGGACAGAUAACCGUUUGUGUAGGUUGCCGAACGAUUAAGGUGUGCAUCGGAUCAGAAAACGUACAGAAUCCAACCCAAACUUGUCCAAAGUCUACCCCAUACUGCAACUCGUCUGAAGGCGGCUGUUCAAUGGUUCCGGACGACAGUCAGGAAACUUGUUCGCAGGCAUCACCGGAGUUGAAUUUUCGAUGUACAGGUGUAGGUAAAUAUCCGGAUCCUCAUUCGUGCACCGGAUACUACUACUGUGAAGGAGCGGAACAAACCGGAGACUUCUACAAGUGUCAAUCGGGUUACACCUACAACAGCAAAGCGGAAAUGUGCCAACGAGCUAGCACGGGUUGCAAGCCACUGAAUUGCACAACUGACGGACCAAUUCUAAAGGUGUAUCCUUCGAACAAUAAAUUUUUCUAUUACUGCUGGUACGAGGAAGACGACGAUGCAGAUACAGACGCUUCAAUAAUCAUGUUCUCCUGCGGUGAUGGAUCUACUUUCGACAGCAGUACCGGCAAGUGUGUUUACAAAUGUCUCAGAGAGGGUACCUAUGCCAAAUCGACCAACCCCAACAUGUACUAUCAGUGCUACUGGUUGAACGGAAAAUUGACCUAUAUCGAACGUUCUUGUCCUUUAGCAUCGCAGGAGUUUGACGACAAGAAAAAAUUAUGUGUCACUCCCGUAGGUAAUGCUAGACGUAAACUGUUGAACUAA